AUGUCUCCCAACGGCCAAUCUUUUCUUCUUGACCCUGAGAAGCGUGCAGGGCCAACCCGAUACUCUCAUGCGCGCGUCGUUCAACCCUCAACCCACCACACUAUUUACGUAUCGGGAAUUGCCGCUGUUGCUCCAGAUGGUACCUAUGAGGGUGUCACAGAAAACACUGAUGGAACAUUCACUAUCGACGUCAAGCAGCAGACAGCCGCUGUCCUGUGCAGGAUUGAGAGCAUUAUUCAAGGUGCCUCGAACGGGAAAGCAAACAUCUACAACGUUGUUGAUGCAACGGUCUAUAUUUUGGAUAUGAACACUCAGUAUGCGGAUAUGAAUGAAGAAUGGAACAAGAUCUGGUCCGACCGGGCGAGUGCACCCAGCCGAGCGACAAUCGGAGUCAGAGAGCUUCCCGAUCCCCGCUUCGCCGUUGAGAUCAAAGUGACGGCCAUCUUUGAGGCAUAA